UUCACAUAUUAUACAAUUCUGGCAAAAAUGAAAUUAAUUAUUCAUUAGACGAGUUUUCUUCUACAUAAAAUUCAAGACAAAAUUAAAUUGAAUGGAUCAAACACUUAUAAAACUUUUAGGUCAUUCCUUCCAUUUGAUCAUCUUGUAUUAUGGAACAUUGAGACUUUUGAGUGAACUUGGAUUUCCAGCAACAGGGUUACUUUUUGCGUUGGGUAUUUUAGCUAUAGUGUACUACUUUAGGGUUCCAGCACCAAAUCCCAAAGAUGUAGAAGCAAUCUUAGGGAAAGAUAUGACCGAUUUGCCUACUAUAGAUAAAAAGACACCUGAAUAUCUUGAAGUGGUGGCUCAUAGGGGCGCUGGAAUAGAUGCACCAGAAAAUACACUUGCUGCUUUCAAAAACUGUAAAGAAAAUAAUUGCAACUAUAUUGAAUUUGAUGUUAGUAUGACUGCAGACAAUGUCCCAGUUGUAUUCCAUGAUAGAACAACUGGUAGGCUUGCUGAUCAGAACUUGGAAAUAAAUAAAACCAAUUGGGCCACUUUGAAAAAAUUGAAUUUAUCUAUUAAACACCCUAAAAGAGAACGUUUUCCAAGGACUACUAUAUCGACUCUGGAAGAAACUGUCACUCAUUUACUAGCAACAGGACAAAAAAUGUUCAUCGAUGUCAAGCAUAAAGAUCCCAGACUUAUAAAAGUUAUUUUAGACAUUUAUGAAAAAUACCCGCAACUCUAUACAAAUGCUUUGGUAACAUCAUUUUUUGCUACUAUAAUAUAUAGGAUCAGAAGAAGAAAUCCAAAAAUUGUUGCUGCUGUUGCAUGGAGUCCUGAAGUAAUUUACUAUGCCUCAAAAGUAGCAUAUGAAGGAGGACCUUGGUAUUCUAAACUCUAUUUGCGUUUAGCGGACAUCAUUCAUGAAUGGUUGUUACCAAGAUUCACCUAUUUUCUAGUUGGGUUUUCUGUCUUACUUCUUCAUAAAUAUUCUGUUAACGUGAAAUCUGUUUAUGAUUGGAAACAAAGAGGCGUAAGAGUGAUUGCUUGGACUGUAAAUCAUGCUACAGAUAAACGUUACUGUGUUGAAGCAUUGAUGAUUCCAUAUUUAACAGACACUUUCGAAGAGAAUGCAUCAAAUCCGGCAUUGGACGCAGAUGUACCGAAAGAAUAUUUAACUUAUUGAAUAAUAAAAAUGAUCAAUUCAAA